AUGGGGAUGGGAUGUGUGAUGCUCCUGCUGUUGGCUGCCUGCACUGUGGUACCUGCCAGGGACUCACUGCUGAAUGUCUGCAUGGAUGCCAAGCACCACAAGACCAAGCCUGGCCCUGAGGGGAUGCUCUAUGAGCAGUGUGCUCCCUGGAAGGACAACGCCUGCUGCACGGCCAACACCAGCCUGGAGGCCCACAGGGACCAGUCCAACCUGUACAACUUCAACUGGGACCACUGUGGGGUGAUGCCCCCGCGCUGCAAGCGCCACUUCAUCCAGGACACCUGCUUGUACGAGUGCUCCCCCAACCUGGGGCCGUGGAUAGACAAGGCCGACAGCAGCUGGCGUCGGGAGAGGAUCCUGCACGUGCCCCUGUGCCGGGAGGACUGUGAGCAGUGGUGGGAGGACUGCAAGGACUAUGUCACCUGCAAGGAGAACUGGCACAAGGGCUGGAACUGGGCCACAGGCACCAACCGCUGCCCCUGGGGCUCCAUGUGCAGACCCUUCAGCCAAGUCUUCCCCCGGCCAAAGGAUCUGUGUGAGAAAAUCUGGUCCAACUCGUACAGGUACAGCACGGAGCAGAGGGGCAGCGGGCGCUGCAUCCAGAUGUGGUUUGACCCUGCCCACGGCAACCCCAAUGUGGUUGUGGCCAAGUACUAUGCAUGGAAGAAGAGAACUGGUGGGAUGGAGACUGCGGCUCCUGAGAGCAGCGGAGCUGAGGCUGCUCUGCCAUGGCCUGUGCUGGUCCUGCUGCCUCUGGCCACUGUGGUGCUCCUGGAUGGAGCUGGGAGCUGUGGAUCCCAUGCCUGGGGGUCCCCAUGA